UUCUGCUCGGGGGCUCGGGACGCCUGCCUGGCAGAGGGGGCGACCAGGGUCCUGCCUCGGACUUCGGCUGUCCCUUCCGGUCCGGAAACAGAGAAGGGCUCUUUUUAUUACAUACAAGGAGAGAAUAUAAGGAAGAAAGGAGGAGAGAGAAGGAAAAAGGAAGAAGAGAGAGUUUCUCCAGGUGUAGGAAGCCCUUGACCUUGCCUCUUCCUUCAGACCCAGGAACCCUGGACAUGGAGUCAGGAAAUGAGACGACCACAAAGACCUUUGGCUUCCCGGGCUCCCCUCCCUCCUGUGUCUUCCACGAGAAUUUCAAGCACGUGCUCCUGCCCUUGGUGUACUCCCUGGUGCUGGCUCUGGGUCUGCCCCUGAAUGCCUACGUCAUCGUGCAGAUCUGGCUGUCCCGGAAAGCCCUGACCCGCACGGCUAUCUACAUGCUGAACCUGGCCGUGGCCGACCUGCUCUACACCUGCUCCUUGCCUCUGCUAAUCUACAACUAUGCCCAGAGAGACACCUGGCCCUUUGGGGACUUCUCCUGCCGCCUGGUCCGCUUUCAGUUCUACACCAAUCUCCACGGCAGCAUCCUCUUCCUGGCUUGCAUCAGCUUCCAGCGCUACCUGGGCAUAUGUCAUCCCCUGUCUAGAUGGCACAAACGUUGGGGCCGAGGCUCCACCUGGGUGGUGUGCGGGGCCGUGUGGCUGACCGUCUCAGCCCAGUGCCUGCCCACGUUCGCUUUUGCCCAGACCGGGGAGCUACGGAACCGCACUGUCUGCUAUGACCUGAGCCCUCCGAGCCUGGCUGCCAGCUACCUGCCAUACGGCAUGGCCCUCACUUUCACUGGCUUCGUGCUGCCCUUCAGCGCUGUGCUGGCUUGCUAUGUGCGCCUGGUCCGCCGUCUGUGCCAGCAAGGCGGCCCCGAGGGGCCGGCCGUGGCAGAGAAGCGGAGCAAGUCGGCUCGUAUGGUGGUGGUGGUGCUAGCCGCCUUCGCCAUCAGUUUCCUGCCAUUCCACGUCACCAAGACUGCCUACCUGGCUGUCCGGUCCAUAUCUGGGGUUCCCUGCCCUGUCCUGCAGACCUUUGCUGCCGCCUACAAGGGCACGAGACCCUUUGCCAGUGUCAACAGCGUCCUGGACCCCAUCCUCUUCUAUUUUACACAGAAGAAAUUCCGCCAGAGCCCCCAGCAGAUCUUGUCCAAGAUCAGUGCUAAGUGGCAAAGCACUAGGUGGCAACAGGGACACUGAACUCCGAGGGGCACGAUGGGGUCAUGGGCCCCAGAUGGCUUAGCCAGGUGUAAGCUCUAGAUUGUCCCACUGUGUUGUCCAAAGGGCAGCUCCUUCAGAUAACAGGGAAUACUAAGACAACUAUAACCUCCUCCUCCAAGGGAAUGAUGUGCCCAAAGACCACUGAAGAUUCCAAUAGCUUGUGAAAUCUUAGGGUGAAGUGUCCAAAAGCAAUAGAUUGGGAAUCAGAGGUCCUGAGUUCAGAUUCUGGUUCUGCUGUCUAUAUCCUAUGUGUGACUUAACUUUUCUGGGCCUCAGUCCCUGGAAGGGAUUGGAUAAUUCCAAGGAGAAGAGAUUGGGUGAUCCAGCUACUUAGUCACCCUGCUGUCCAUCAUGAUGGAUAUUCUGGAGCACGUGAAAUAAGAAGAAUCGUUCUGGGAUCUAAAGUGAUUCUCAAACUCCCAGUUGAGUCCCAAAUCGAUCCAUCCUCAUCAUUUAUUUAUUGAGCACAUUCUUAUACUGCAUGGGGAACUGGAAACAAAAGCAGUGUAAUAGAACAGAGAAAGCCCUGAAUGGGAACUUAGAGGAGGGAGCUGGGUAUGAGUCCAGCCACCAACUCACUAUGUGAUCUUGGGUAAAGCUGCCCUCCUCUCCCAGUCUCCUCUGCUUCCCAGACACAAAAAGGAGUGGAUGGGCUUAUUGUGAUGAGGAUUGAGUAAGGCAGUAAUUGUAAAGCACUUAUAGUAAGCACUAUAUAAAUGUUAACUCUCAUUGCUGUGAUGAUGAUGACAUGAUUCCUAAGACUCUUUCUAGCUACAAAUCCCAUGAUCUUGGGGUGGAUGUUGUAAGCCCCUUUAUAGAGUUCCGAUUUAUGGGAGGCAGCAAGGAAGAGAGGAAGGGAGGAAGGAAGGAAGAUGUAAAAAAGGUGGAAAAGCAAAACUUAAGCAUGACCUAGACCACAGAGAGGUAGGAGACCAAGAUCUGAGACCUGCCCCUAGUACUGACUUUGCUGUAGGAUCCUGGGCAAAAGCCUUUCAUUCUCUAGGUCUCAUUUUCACUUCCCCUUCUGUCAAAUGACAUGGAUAGGACUAGAGGGUCUCUAAGGUGUCUUCUGAUACUGACUGACUACAAGGUGUGUAACUCAUGUUCUACCUGACUAGGAUGGCUGCCCCCAAAGGCAUUUGUGCUCCCCUAUCUGCUCUACCCUUUACCCAGCAUGCCUUGCCUCCUGAUCUUUACAUGUGGAACUCCUAUGUUAAAACCCACCAUAUUCCUGAUGCCCCCUGGUCAGUAAUGACCUCUCCCCUCAGACUUCACAGAGCACUUCUCUGAAGCACAUUACCAUGUAAUGUUGUGGAUUAAAUAUUUGUGCUUGUGACUUAACCUUUACUAGACUGGAAGCUCUAUGAGGGCAGGGAUAGAGUUUUAUUUAAACUAUGUGUCUACUUCAGCUUGGAGCACAGUUGCCUGUCUGAAACAAUAGGUGCUUAAUAAACAUUUGUUAAAGUAAAAAUACAUUUCUGAAAUUGUGUCUUCCAAGACUGAUUCCAGCUCUGACAUUGUCUCUAAAGUUCCUCUUAAUUUUGACAUUUUCUGUUCUAAGAUCCCUCCCGGCUCUGACAUUCUAUUCUAAGGUUCCUUCUACCUCUAACUUUCCCUGUUCCAAGGUCCCACUCAGUUCUGACAUUCCCUGUUUGUUCUAAGAUCCUUUCUCCUAACAGUCUGUUUUCCAAAGUCUAUUCUAGCUCUAGCAUUCUUGUUCUAAGUUCCCUGCCAGCUCUGACAUUCUGUAUUCUAAGGUCUCUUCUAGCUCUGACUUUCCCUGUUCUAAGGUCCCUCCCACUGACAUUCUGUGUUCUAAAUGUCCCCCUCUUCCCAGCUCUGACUGUCUCUUCCUUCUGCCCUUUGUCACUGUAUACUGCCUAUCACUGCUGGAGAAAACAGGGACAUCAGCAAACCCCAAAAGUGCAGAUAGAGGUAGAUCACUGAUGUAGAGGAGAGAUAAGGCACUUCUGGCAUAACCUAUGUCCCAGUGCCCAGUCUACAGUUCCUGAUCCAAGGGGAUUGGGAUCCUCAGCUCCUCUCAAGUAUAAAGGCUUUCUUACCUCAGCAUCU